GUGUAUAAAUAGUCCGACUUUAAAUAAAAUUUAAUCAAUUACUUACACGACACACUUUUUACGCUUUACGAAGCACACUAGUUAAAUCAACUAGGUAUUUCUUUCAGUUUUCAAUAUUCCUGCAUGUAUAUCUCUUUAAAAUGGUUUUCCUAUAUUGUUUUUUAAAAAUGUUUUUGUAAUAUUUACAGACAAAGAGCAAUGAAACAGGGUAGACAAGAUGAAUGCCUUUGCACUGGCUAUAUUGCGGCAUUUUCCGUUUUAUCAAUAUUGACCAUUAUGUGCGUUCUUGUCAAAAUAAUUCAUUUCUGCUACAACAAACAACAAAAACAGAAAAAAAAGCAAAACUUGACUUAUGAAGAAAAUCCACUUCUUAAGAGGAGAAUAAACUCAGAAAGUGAAAACAUGAGAUCGGAUCAUUUAAACAUGGAAGAUGACAAAGGCAGAUACAUUUUUGUCGAUUUCACAGUAGAAGAUGCACAGCUUUUUGAUCUCUUAAAAAGACAAUGUCUCAAUGGCGUAUAUGUUGGUUUUAAUUAUCUCGUUGAAUCUAAGGUAAUACCAAAAAAGAAAAAUGAAAUAUUUCAUCAAUAUGAUGUACAUGGAUGUACGUUAUUGCAUUAUGCAGCUCAAGGGGGAUCAAUCACCAUACUUAAAACAAUUUUAAAAACUGAUCCAGAAGCAAGACUUCAAAACGAAAGUCACCAGGGUCAAAAUGCACUGCAUUUUGCUAUAAGAUAUAAGCGAAAAGAUAUGAGCGAAUAUCUUAUUACACAACACGGGAAAACAUUUAUAAAAAGCACGGAUGGAGUAGAUCAAUCAAGUUCAAUGGAAGAAAACAAAAAUGCGUCUAUUAGGACGGGUAAAUUUGAGCCAUUUCACUGGAUUGCAUGGAAUGGAGAUUUAAGGAUCCUUGAAGUUUUGAAGGAAGCUUAUGUUGAUUUGACGAAGUUAACAAAGAAUGGUCUAGGCAUUUUAGACAUUGCAUGCAUGAAAAAGGAAAAUGAUUUCUGUAGACAUGUUAUAGAAAAUGAAAAAGAAAUUGAUAUAGAAAAGGUGGAUGCAAGUGGUUGGAACAUUGCUCAUUAUGCUGCAAUGUCUAAUAAUGUGGAGGUUAUGCAACUUCUGAAAAACAAACACGAACAACUGCUCAAAUCCAAAACUAACGGGAGUAAAACUUCUCUGCAUAUUGCAUGUGAAUAUGGCAGUAAAGAUGUUGUUUCUUACUUAAUCGAAUAUUUCAUAUCACUCUUGAACUGCAAAGAUGACAAAGGAUGGAAUGCUAUACACUUUGCCGCAAAAGGAGGCGAUUUAGAUAUUCUCGAAGAAUUGCUAAAAACUAAUAGAAUUGACUUCGAGUCUCUGACAGAUGAAGGAAAAACACUACUUCACCUUGCAUGCAUCCAUAAACGCGUGGAAAUCUGCAAGUUUGUAACCGAAAGGUUUUACGAAUGCAACAGGAAACUUUUAGAUCAGGAGACAAAAACACAUGGCUGGACCGCUGCUCAUUAUCUUGCUGUUGAGAGUAAAGGCGAUGGUAGUGAGGUGGAUAUAAUUGAGAUGUUCCUAGAUCGUGAAAUGGAACUUUCAGCCAGAACGAAAAAAGGAUACUCUAUUCUAAAUAUAGCAAUCGAUCAUUUAAAUAUAGAACUCAUAAAAACCCUUGUUACUGAGAGGUAUAGAACAGCCCUCAAAAUAACUGAGAAUAGUAUCAGAAAGUACAGAGAACAAACAAAGGAUGAACGUAUUUUGAAGAUUCUUGACGACGCCCUAAAAGAAAUGAGUGAUGAGAGAUAA